GGGCAUUGGCAUUUGGCAAAGUCUUAAAAAGCAGUUUUAGGUUCCAGAACCCUUCUCUCUCUCUCUCUGCAAUUAUACCUAUAAAAUAUUGUUUUCUCUGGGGGUCUUGGUUCAUGGGAAAACUCGUUUCCUGUUCGGGAAAAGUGGUUUUAUGAUCAUGAAAUCGAUAACAGCACUGGUUUUAUCGCAGACAAGGCAACAGUGGUGAGAGGUAGUGGUCUGUCUGCCUUAAACUGACUGAGUACUUUGAAUCCUUGCCUUAUAAAUUGAUGAGAAUGCAUCAUAGUCGUCCUCUUCCUUCGUAUGGGAGGCCUCAUAAUAAGAAUGGUUCUGAUGAUGGGGCUGCUGCUUCUGCUGGACCCACUUCUCAUGACGGAAGUUACAAGGCGAAGGAGGAAGAGGGUGGUGGCGGUGGUGGUCAUGGUGUGGUUUCAGCUGCAAGGACUCUGCAGCCUUUUAGCACCACCGCCUUCGAAUCCCCAGCAGGAAUGAUGGCGGCUUCUCUGAGGUUCCCUUUUACAUCAGCUCAGUGGCAGGAGCUUGAGCGACAGGCUUUGAUCUACAAGUACAUGAUGGCAUCUGCCCCUGUUCCUCCUGAUCUCCUCAUGCCUAUUUGCAGACAUUUCUCAGACAAUGCUGCUGCUGCUCCCCUCUCUGCCCUUGGUCGGAGUUCUUGUUUCAAUCUACGAUUCUCGAGCGGCAUGGAUCCUGAGCCGGGAAGGUGCCGCCGAACGGAUGGUAAGAAAUGGCGGUGCUCGAGAGAUGCGGCGCCUGAUCAGAAGUAUUGUGAGCGACACAUGCACAGAGGGCGCCCCCGUUCAAGAAAGCCUGUGGAACUACAUCUACGAGCCGGCAUCAACAACAUUGAUGGCAAAAAAUGGCGCUCGGCUCCAAUAACACCACCAGAGACUCCGUCCCCAUGCCUUACCAACAUUUCGUCUAAUAAUACCACUAGCAACCAUCAGCUUUCUGGGCUUCUCUGCCGCUCAGAUUUCAAGGCCUCCCCUUUCGAUAACUUGCUUCCUCUUGCAUCAUAUAAGGAAUCCAGGGGUGUGGACUGGAUGAUGAAAGGGGAAACGGUUCCUAUUGCUGCGUCGAAUCAACAAUGGCCGCAACUAAUGUACUCUAAAGCAAAUGCCUCUGCUUUCCGACAGCCUUAUGAAGGAGACUCCAGUUUGAAUUCUUACUCGAAUUUUGGUGUUGGAGAAGGACCAGAAGCUCCCCAUCAGAACGAUCAGUGCUUCCUGUUUCUGAACCCCGAAAUAGCUUCCUUAGGUGAGCCUUCAAGCCCUGAACAGCAACGAACGCCCAGGCAGUUCAUCGACGCGUGGUCUACCUCGGCAAGACCAAAUACAGGGAGUAAGUCGUCAAUUUGUACAGACGGGAAGCUUCCACCGUCUGCCCUUACAUUGUCGAUGCCCGGUGGCAACGUCUCCAACGAAGACAGGGAUCAGAUUCAAAUGGGUCUUGGGGUAAAUGCUUCCUCUUCCUGGACAACUUCGCCACUUGGUGGGCCAUUAGCUGAAGUGCUGCGACCGAGCUUGGCGCAUGGUUGCUGUGGUGGUGGUGGUGGCGGCAGCAGUGGUAAGAUUAGCUCCUGUGGCGGCGGUGGCCUCAAUUUGAUGUCUGUUAGAUGGGGUACUAGUGGUGAUAUCGCGGGCAGCCCCAGAGCAACUACGGAUUCAUCUCGGUCAGAAGUACUGCAGCAGACCCUAGCAUCGGUCUCAGAUGGAAGCGGUGGUAGCAGCAGCCCUGCGUUUUAGUAGCUGAACCAGGGUAAAUUACCAUCCCUGCCAUAGCACUGUAAGGAAACUUAAAUGACUCGCUUUAAUUUUAUCUCUUCUCGAGUCUUUUUCGGUUGGGACCUACAGUGGGUUCCCCAUUUUUGAA